AUGGUGGUGGGUUUUUCGUUUUUAGAGUUAUCUGCCUUCUGGAAUGUUGGCGACACGGUGAAGCGAAAAGUGUUUAGUCACGCGCUGUGCGAGCAGGCUCUUGAAGAAGUCAAAGAGCUGGGAUUCAAGCCGAUAUUCCGAAAGGUCUACGCGAAGAGGCUGGACCCCUUUCGCGAACAGGUGUCAAUCGAAGUGCUCGACGAUGGAGUUAGUAGCAUUCAUGCCAUGGUGGCUGGACUUGUGGAGGGCGCAAACAAUCUAUGUGAGGUUAAUGUAUCUACGUGGCAUGCAUUGAAGUCGACACCUGGUGGCAGAACACAGGCUGUGCACCAAGAUUAUCCCCAGUUUGAGAUUUCACGCGCUCUUCUAAAGCAUAAGCUCGUUCAGGGCUCCGUGAUUGUGGCGCUAAUGAAGAACACGUUGCUCCAUGUGUAUCCGCGUUGUUUUGUCAAGCGAAAAAAAAACGCAGAGUCACGCUGA